CUGUCGUGGAGUCGUACUACGCGAUGUGUCCAUGGCCAAACAUCCACAAAGCAUCGCAUUAUACGAAAUAUGUGUUUGAUCUUUUAAAUUUUAUUACAGUUACCGCCUGUUAAAUUAUAAGUAUCCUAUUUCGUCCGCAAAAUGGAUAUCGGGGAAUUGUUAUCGUACAAACCUCCAAAUACACCCAAACGACCAGCAGCAGGGGAAGAGGAUGAUGAGGAUGAAUGGGAGAGUGCCAAGAAACCAAGAAGAGUAAUCAAAACACCGUAUCAUGCGCGUCAAAGGCAGGUCAAGGAAGUUGAGAUAGGAACACCCAGAGACAGUGAGCCCCCUACUCCUGUUAGAACUGCUACACCUUCACCGGCACAAGAUGUGGUGGAACCACAAUUAACAGAGAAAGAAAAGGAAGAUAUUUUAAAAUAUGUAGAAACUGAAGCACCUGAAGUCGAAGCGCUGGAUGAGGCCACCCUCAAACGAAUGAUUCUUUUGUUUGAGAAGAGAGCUCUCAGAAAUCAGGAGAUGAGAGUCAAGUUUCCAGAUCAGCCAGAGAAAUUUAUGGAGUCUGAGGUUGAAUUGCACGAAACUCUCCAAGAACUUCAUAUUAUAGCAGCCAAUCCAGAUUUGUAUCAGCUGAUGGUGGAAUUAGGUGCUGUGCCUUCUCUGCUUGAAUUGUUAUCUCAUGAGAAUACAGAUAUAGCUGUUGGUGUGGUGGAUCUUCUUCAAGAAUUGACUGAUGUUGAUAUCUUGCAUGAGAGUCAAGAAGGCGCAGACACUCUCAUUGACGCUUUAUUGGAGCAACAAGUUUGUGCCCUUUUAGUACAGAAUCUUGAGAGACUCGAUGAAGCAGUGAAAGAGGAGAGUGAUGGUGUUUACAAUACACUUGCUAUUUUUGAGAACCUUCUCGAGUUUCGACCAGAUCUGUGCGUGGAUGCAGGCAAGCAAGGUCUGAUGCAAUGGUUGCUGCGCCGAAUUAAGGCGAAAUCGCCAUUCGAUGCAAACAAACUUUACGCCAGCGAACUGUUGUCUAUACUUUUACAGCAUACACCAGAAAAUAAACUUCUUCUCGGUGAUUUAGACGGCAUUGACGUUUUGCUACAACAAUUAGCUUAUUACAAAAGACACGACCCGCAAACUGCCGAAGAACAAGAGAUGAUGGAGAACUUAUUUAAUGUUUUAUGCUCGAGCCUGAUGGCCACCAUAAAUCGUGACAGGUUCCUGCGCGGUGAAGGUCUCCAACUUAUGAACUUGAUGUUACGGGAGAAGAAGAUGUCGAGGAAUGGAUCUCUCAAGGUGUUAGAUUACGCUAUGAAUGGUCCAGACGGGAAAGACAACUGCAGCAAGUUUGUAGAUAUUCUUGGACUGCGGACUAUAUUUCCUCUGUUUAUGAAGACUCCGACGAAAAAUAGAAAAAAAAUGCUUACUGCUGAGGAGCACGAAGAACACGUAGUUUCGAUUAUAGCGAGCAUGUUGAGAAAUUGUAAAGGUCAACAGCGUCAGAGGUUACUCAGUAAAUUUACAGAGAAUGAUUAUGAGAAAGUUGAUCGAUUGAUGGAACUACAUUUUAAGUAUCUUGAGAAAGUGGAGGAAGUAGAAAAGACUGGAAAGGAGGAUGAAGAUGAGGAGGAAUCCUAUUUGAGGAGAUUAGAUGGCGGAUUAUUUAUAUUGCAAUUAGUAGAUUAUGUACUUUUGGAGGCUUGCACUGGUUGUCCACCCGCUGUCAAGCAACGAGUAACUAGAAUUUUAGCACAGAGAAGAGCAUCUCUUAAAACAAUUCGACACAUUAUGAGAGAGUACGCUGGUAAUUUAGGAGAUGCUGGCGAUAUGGAAUGGAAAGAAGCAGAGCAACAACACAUCUUACAAUUAAUCGAUAAGUUUUGAUAUGUAUUUUUUACAUCGCAUGAUGUCAAAAUGUGCUGUUGUAGAUUAUGAUAAGAUUUAUUGAUUUUGUAUUAUUAUAAUAAUAAUCUAUAAAAAUAUAAUAAAAUAUUUUAAAGUUUCA